CCACCAAAAUUACAGCCAAGAGCCAAAAACCAAAAAAAGAGGAAGGUCACUCACGAACUGGAUCAAGACAAGAAACCAUCGAACAAACAAACAAAGAAGCGAACUCAAUAUUAAGAAUAAAAGAUCGAUCGAUCGAUCGAAUCAACUCACAUUAAACCAGGAAACUACUAGAUACAAAGAUACGCAUCCACAAACUCAACAUGUCAGGCUUCAUCUCCGGUGCCAUCGAUCCAGCAUUGUUGAGCGGGGGUGGCAACACUAAUAGCAACAACAACGACUCAAACUCAACAUCAGCUACCGAUAAUAAUCAUACUAAUAAUAACACAAGCACUGGGACUGGAGGAAUAAACCAUCGACCAAUUGGACAAUCAAGCUCAACUCAACCCACCGGCCUGCCAUCUUCCUCAACCUUCUCACUUCACUCAUCAUCAUUCAAUCCGCCACCCUCUUCUUCUGCUUCUCCCAACCCCACCAACACCCUCAACCCGAACAACUCCUCAGUUCAGAACCCUUCAUCAUCGCAUACCGCCCCUCCCAGCUCAUUCUCAAACUUCAAUAAUCAUGGAUUAAAUCUGCCUUCGUCUUCCUCUUCUUCCCUCCAACCUUCGGCUGCCACUGCUCUCAUCCCUCCUGCCUCUUCAAGUUCCUCUUUGCCCAACGGAACUGCUCCCGGUCCCGGCACUCCAGCUACCACUGAAACGCCCUUGUCGAACGGAAUGUCUGCUAAAGAUCAUGAAAUGCAUCAAAAAGAUCAGGAACUAGCGCAAUUCUUAUUAAAGAUGGAAGAAUACAAGCCGGUGAUACCGGAUGAAGUAGCGGCCUAUUAUCUGCAACGGGUGGGCUUCGAAUGCACGGAUGUGAAGGUGCAAAGGUUGCUAGUCCUCGCCUGCCAGAAGUUUGUUUCGGACAUUGCCCAGGACGCGUUCAGUUAUGCCCGGACGAGGACCGGCCAGGCGCCCGGCGGUCGACAGGGCCCUCUGGCUCCUAACUCCAACUCGGCCGGCCUCGCUAACGGCGCCCCUAACAACCCCGGCGCUCGAAAGGAUCGUACGCGCACAGUUCUCACUCAAGAAGACCUCGCUCAAGCGCUUGCCGAGUACGGCAUUAAUGCCAGUCGAGCGCCGUAUUAUUUAUGAACUCUCCUCGUUUUUUCUCAUUCUUAUCAUUUUUCCUCGUUGUCUCUUAACCUUUCACAAUUUCUACUUCAUCCUCAAUUUUUCUUUGAAAAAAAAGACUCCCUGUGUCCCCUUGUUUUUUGAUUUUUAUUUUGUUGCGCCUUUCUGUAAACCACUUAUUGAACAACAAUAACCGCUUUUUUUUAUUAAACAAAUUCAAUCUAAAUUGAAAAAAGUUGGAAGACUAUGAACUUAUAUUUUGUUAUGGG